UGAGACUGUCGGAUGUCGGGAAGAAGUUCUGACUUAGAAACCGCGGAAGCGGUGAGACUUGUGUGGGUUCGAUUACUAAGAAACCCCGAGGAGUUUACAAAUGGAGCAGGCCGCUGACAAAGUGGCGGCGCCGCCACCACCGCCUCCUCCUCCACCAAAUACGCCUUUGGUGUCCCCUCCAAAUACUGAGAAUGAAGCAGAGAGCAGGCAGGGCCCCGAAGAGAGGAGCGGGGAACGAGCCGCCAUGAACUUGCUGGAGACUUGCGGCGUUUGUAGGCUGAACAUUCAGAGCCGCAGCCCCCGCCUGCUUCCUUGCUUGCACUCCCUGUGCCUUCGCUGUCUGCCGCCUCCGGAGAGAUACCUCAGCAUGCCCAGUGUGCCCUCCCCACAAACACCUCCUGGACCACCAGCUAAUACAGCCACUGUGCAGGGUGAGUCCCACUCUUAUUCCUUUCUACUCCCAAAUGCGCGCUACCAGGUCAAGAUAGCACGAAGAGCCUGGCAGGCUGGUGGAAACCAUGCCCACUCACCUGCCAACAGCACCACCUUCACUCCAUCCAGUCCUACAAUUACCAGCGUGGCAGGUAGUGAUGGAAAGGGUCUAUCUUCACCCAUUAUGGACUUGGUAACUUCAGCUGCCAAUUCUUUUAACCUCCCUCCUUUGCCUGACAUUGACGGCACUGGCAAUAUUAUACUGGACCACAUGAUGCGGAAAGAUGGUACUGUGGAUAACCUUCAUCAUCGUUUACAACACAGGAUGGUUCAGUCCCCUAACUCCUCUGUACCAUCACCAUUAGGACCUAUGGCUGGUGUUCAUCCACCGAUACGGACUUCUAGCGCAUCUAGCAUUGGCAGCAGGGAAAGCACUGGUUCUUCCAAUAAGCCAGCAGGAGGUGCUGAUUCCACACACAAAGUCCCUGUGGUCCGGUUGGAGCCAAUCAGGAUUAAAACAGAGAACAAUACUGACAAUGAUCCUCUUGAGUUUCCGGUAGUAGUUGUGAAGCAAGCCUCUAGGCGUGGAGCACAACAGCCUCGUAAUGCUGAUUAUUCAGGAAGCAUCUUGACAUCCAUGUUGCUUGACAGCAACAGUAACCGGACAUCCAAACCUGAUGCUGCCCCUCGAAGAGAUGCUCCUGAUAGCACCGGAGAUAGCCAUGUCACACAAGAGAGCCCGUUUUCAGGCACAGUUGACUGGACAAAUCAAGGUCGCCCAGCUGAGAGUGGGAAAGAGGAUGACCCAAAUGAAGACUGGUGUGCAGUGUGCCAGAAUGGAGGGGAGCUGUUGUGCUGUGAGAAAUGUCCCAAAGUCUUUCAUCUAUCCUGUCAUGUGCCUACGCUUAUGAACUUUCCAAGUGGGGAAUGGAUCUGUACCUUCUGUCGUGACCUUUCGAGACCAGAAGUAGAAUAUGAUUGUGAUGAUCCAUCUUUGACAGAGAAAAGAAAGCAAGGCGGAUUAAGUGGUUUAACACCAAUUGACCAGAGGAAAUGUGAAAGAAUCUUGUUGUACCUCUUCUGCAAUGAGAUGAGCCUUGCGUUUCAAGACCCUGUUCCACUUACUGUGCCUGACUACUAUAGAAUAAUUAAAAAUCCUAUGGACUUAUCUGGAAUCAAAAGAAAACUCCAGUCAAACAGUUCUCCUUACUACACUCUCCCAGAAGAGUUUGUAUAUGAUGUUCGUCUAAUAUUCAGGAAUUGUGCAGAAUUUAAUGAGCCUGAUUCAGAAGUAGCAAGUGCUGGAAUUAAACUGGAAGCUUACUUUGAAGAGCUACUUAUAAACCUCUACCGUGACAAGCAGUUCCCUAAAACUGAAGACAAUAAAAAUGAAUUUGGAUUAAGUGACGACUCAGAAGAUGACUUUGUGACGCCUCGUAAGAAACGAUUUAAAGGGGAGGAGCGACAGCUUUUCAAAUGAACUACUGCCUUAGAAGGGCUUCUGCACAUAAUUUGUCAUGUACAUAGAACAAGACUGUUUAGUUGGACAAAAAAGUUUUUGUUUUUUUGAAUGACUGAGCCCCUCUCACAAAGGAUUUUGCUUGUAUUUGGUGCAAACCGGUAGCACACUGCAUUAUCCUAACAAAUAUGGAUAAAAUAAUUCUGAUGCUGGUGGAGGUUUCCACAGACCUCAUUUUAAUAAGAGCAGUGUUGCCCUGGAUUUGGACUACCUUAACAGACAUUGCAGACUGAUUUUUGUCCAUACUGCACGUCUCCAGGUCUCCCAUACAGCCUUUACCACAUAUUUUAUUACAAUGUUCAAAUUCUUCCUGCAGUGUUCUUUAAAAUGUUUAAGUAGUUUUUCCUUUAUGUAUAGCUGGUAAAGCAGUGCUUACAUUAUCUACAUCUAUUUAAAACUGAAAACCAGAAACAGUGGUUGAGACACAGUGAAUCUCCUAAUGUCAGAGAAACGUAAUGAAAUUCUUUAAUGUUGCACCAUUUUAGCAGGUACAAUAAACACAUGCUGUAACACUAAGCAUGCAUGUGGCUUGGAAGCCUCCAGUAUCCAGGUGCUAUACUUUACAAAUGCUCUCUACACCAUGUUUUUCCUUGCUAACUUUUGUAUAUGACUUGUUUUUCUUGCAAGUAACUAUCACAAGUUAAAAUGUAUUUUGUUCAACUUCAAAACAUCUUAACAAGUGAGAAGAGCAAAGGUUUGAAGUAAUUUUACCUGUGCUCUCUAUGGCAUUGGGUAUAUUUAUUUUGCACAAUACUCAAGGAAACUGAGUUAGAUAUUAAUUUAAAGAAACAGUUUCACACCACUGAAACCAUUAAGUGGUUAUCAAGGCAAAAUUGUAUGCAGUCUUUAUCAAUAUGCUGUGUUCAAGCAGUGCAGAAUUAUGGUUUUAUUUUUUUUUAUAUAUAUAUAUUUAACUUAAUUGUUUAAAAAUGGUUUGAUCCCUUUUUCAUGUAUCAACCUCAGUUAUCUCCAUGCUCAUGAACUGCAGUUAUUUGUCUGAUAAUACAAAGUUUUAUUUUACAUUAUUACUUACUUUCUACAGAAAUGUGCUCAGCUAAUAACUGAUAGAACAUUACUAUUCUUCUACAGUGUAAAAAGUUAAACAUUUUCUGUUGGUCAUUAAAACUUUAAAUGCUAUUUAGAAGGAUAACUGCAAGUGUAUAACACUUCCAGAUGCUCUUCUUCAAAAGCAUAUUUAAUAAAUUGUUCAAGUACUUAUAUUUUGAAAGCAAAUUUGAAACAAUAGAUUUUACUGCAUGUCCCAGCAAAAAAACACAUUAACUUAAUGUGGAAUAUUAAGCACUACGACUAUUCCAACAUAGUGUUCUUGUAAAAUCAGUGUUAAGGUCCAUAAAUGCAAAGUAGGAUGGAUAGUUUCUACAUUGUACCAGUUGUUUAACUUAAAAUUCAGUGUUCUGUCCUAUUUUGUUCUUGCACUUUCUGAAAACAAUUCUGACUUCGUAUGAUCAUAAGCUUUGCCUCUUUUCGAGUCUUGAUGUUAUAGACUUGUAUCAAGUAAGGGCAGGUUUACUUCCAGAUGUAUGGCUGGUUGACAAUUCUUUUUUAUUCAUCAAAUGCCAACAGUGUUUUAACUGUUGUAAACAGCCAUUGUAAGAAAUACUAAUUGUAACAUUUUGCAGCGGUUGGGUAAAGAAACAUUCUUAUAUGUAGUAAGAAAACCUGUCUUCUCAUUGCAGUCUACAAAUUUGCUUUCCAACUCCAGCAGCAAAUGAAUAGUUGUUGCCUCCAUUCUUUCAGUCUUUAGUUGCUAGGGGAGUUAACUCAACAUUUAUUGCAGCUAUUAAAGCUGAUUAUAUUGUUUCCUGCAGUAAUUAGCGUGUUUGACCAUUCUAUAGGAGAAAGUCACCAUGUCAGUCAUCCCAAAUAUAUCAUAUGUACAAUGAGUUGUGUUUGUGUUUUGUUUUAACAUUUGUUAUACUAAAUGCCACUUAAAUAUGCUGUACUAUUUUAAUAUAGGUCAUUUGAAGAAA